UCACCCUGACUCCGCAACUCGGCGCUACAGUCGGCAGAUUACGUUUUUCUCAGUUUCGUGCUGACAUGGCGUCCUGAGAGCGUCGCAGGGAUCACGGCACACGACAAUAAAUACUCGCUGAAUAGGCCGCAAAAUGUAUUGUCAAGAACUGUGCCACAGUGAGUUUGUUUGAAUUAUCCGUGCCGAAGAACGUGUAAGUUGUCGAAAUUCGUCCCCUUCGUCCAGCCAGUCCUGAAAAAGGAGCCGCCAUGAGUUCCUCCCAGCGCUUUUGUCUGCGGUGGAACAACCACCAGAGCAACAUGCUCUCGGUGUUUGAGCAGUUGCUACAGGACGAAUCGUUCGUGGACGUGACCCUGGCCGUCGAGGGGCUGUACCUGAAGGCACACAAGAUGGUGUUGUCAGCGUGCAGCCCUUACUUCCAAACUCUUUUUGUUAACAACCCUGACAAGCAUCCGAUCGUGUUUCUCAAGGACGUGCCCUUUGCCGACAUGAGGUCGCUACUUGAUUUUAUGUACAAAGGGGAGGUGUCGGUGGACCAGGAACGCUUGACCGCCUUCCUCAAGGUGGCAGAGUCACUGCGCAUCAAGGGCCUCACAGAGGUCAACGAGGAGAGUUGCAAUUUGCCUCGCAUCACCUCCUCGUUACUCAACUCUGUACCUGGAAACAUGGCUGACGAGAGACACGAAAGGCAGCCCAGCCCUCACCACUUUAUGGGACACAAAAGACCGUACAGCUCACCCUCGCCCCUCCAGAACCUUCAGCACUUACAUACCAGACACAUGUCGCCAUCGUAUGGAGGGAAGCGCAAAAGAGUCAGAGGAGUACAAGAACCGGUGGAGAAAGAAAGACACGGAGGCUCGGGAAGAUCAAGCCCAUCAAGCAGUGUCUCUGGUCAGCACGAUUUAACGAUGUCCGGCCAAGAUUGCAUUUCCUCAUCUCGAUCACCGGAUGACUCAUUUUCUAAGGAUGCUGGUGGAAAAAGGAUCAAAGACGAACCGGAACCAACUGCUGGACCAUCUAACCAAGAUUCUGGACAGACUUAUGGCAACUCUCAGGACACUGACGAAACGGGCAGUGGCGUGAAUUUCGGUGCAGAAACCUCUGAUAUGGCGAAGGAAGACAUUGACAACAGCAUGGGUGAGCCGAUGGUGCGGGACUCAUGGUCGCUCAAGAAGGAGGAGAUCGGUGGCGAUCUUAUGGUCACGCCGCCCACGCCCAAGCAGAACGUGCGCCGGCGAGCUCGCAGGAGAACGUCAAGCGCGCACGACCCUGCUGAGCAGCUGACAGAAAUGUCAGUGCGAGGACUCAACUUAUUCCGGUACGCGUCUGUCUCCGAGGGCGUGUACAAGUGCAUAGAAUGUGAAAAGGCCAACAUGGUCAAGACUUUCAAAAACAAGUACAGCUUCCAGCGGCACGCCUUCCUCUACCACGAAGGACACCAAAGGAAAGUGUUCCCAUGCCCAGUCUGCGGCAAGGAGUUCUCCAGGCCCGACAAGAUGAAGAACCAUAUGAAAACAGUGCAUGAUUGCUUCAUGCCCAAAGAUUGCUUAGUCCCGAUAGGCUUCUACUUGCAACCCUGAUUUGUUACGCUCAUUGAAACCCACGAGAGCAAUCUAACAUAUAAUUUAUUCUCAGAGAAAUGUUUGUUACAAGCGCUGGCGACACGCGGCGCCUUCGUAGAUAUUUCUUAUGGUGGUGAGGCUCAAACAUUCUUAGGCGUACAUGAUGCUGUGCGAAUGAGGUUUUUUUAAUAGUUAUGUCCUUUUUUUUCUCUCAGUAUCUUAAACUGAAAGUGAUUAAAUCAAUUAGUCUGGCUUCCAGUCACUGAAUAGUGAAUGAAACAAAUUAAACGUUUUGUGAUUGAUAAAUAAUGUUAAAAGAGAGCAAACAAGAAUGCUCGAAAAAUUAUAUAAUAAUUGUUAGUUACCGAAAGGUUUUUGUGUUUGGCUGCAAUUUAUUCGAAUCUUAUUUUAAAUGCUUGCUUAGUUAGGUAAGCAUUCUUUGAAUUGUAAUGGUUGCCAGGCCACGUUCAGUUAGUAAUACCAUCAUUUGGCGGACUAGUCCAAAAUCAUUUAGUGAAAUAAAUCUAGUAUUUGGUCACAGCAUUAACAAAAAACAAAAUACUGGCAACCCUAAAAAAUGAAUUUAAAUUAGUGUCUGUUUCCAUUCAGUGUGUGCGAAAGAGGAAUAUGGUCGUUAAUAAUUUUGGUUGAUUGCUUUGUCCAAUAAAGACUGUUCAUGAUGUGUUAGCAGCACAGGAAUAGAAAUAUCUUAAUAAAGCCUCUUUUGCUUUGACAUGGUCGCGCAAGUGAUUGAAUGUUACGAUCAGCUAUUUGUAUUCAGGACAUUCCAAUUUUCUAUUAAGCUAGGUUUCAUUAGUUGAGAUAGGUAUUAAUCGUUUACCUAAAAGUUUAACAGGUUUAUGAGUUGAGUGAUUAGACCAGAUGUGGUACACAAAAUCCAUACUUCUGAUGUUGAUCGUUGCAUUAUUUGAAUAAUAAUGAAAAAUUAAGCUACGGUCGCACAAUACCAGUUGAAAAGCAUUCUGAAUGCUGUCUAAAUAAUUUUGUGUAAUGCUUGUACGAUCACACGAUUUGGCAAUAUCCCGAGAGAAAGAUCUAAAGAGCCAAAGAGUUUUGUAAUAAGUUUGCGUUGUUGCUGUGUGGAAAGAUGUUUUUUUGGUGCAGGGAGUGAUAUAUUUUUUUCAAAAUGUACAUGUUCGUGUGGAUAGUAUCUACUAACAUACAGGUCUGUGACUUGUACACAUAAUAAUUAUCAUUUGGGAUAAUCUGCGGCUAGUGUGUAGAGAAUAUUAAUUGAUACCCUUUUAAGAAAAGAAAGCAAGAAUUCCAUUUAUUUUAUUAAACGGUCCUAGACCAUUUUGCCUCUGCUCGUAUUAAAUGAGCUAAGCGGCGGAUUUGAUUUGCACACACUUUGAAAUCAAUUGCUUCAUGAGCGCGAUGAAUUUUGAAGUAUUUAUGAUAUCAGCAGACACUGUAGAUACAUAGAUUAUUAGGUUAACCGUUGUUAUACUAAUGCGUGAUUGCCAGUGAUAUGAUUGUCAUGCUAAAUUUCACCAAUUUGUUAAAAUUCGUAAUUGGCUAUAGAAUUUAAAAGAAGGAUUUAUUAGACAUGAGAAAUAACCCUCCAGAGUGCUAUUUAGAGCUUUGGUGGUGGGAUUAUUGUGAAUUACCUCGCACAAUUUAUUUGCGCAACAGCAGUAUAAUUGAAUAACAGUACACUAACUGUCCAUGUUGAGCGUAUAAAAGAGGGCAAGUAGAGAAGCAACCUUUGAGUUUCAUACCGGCGGCCCCGCUUUCGGGAAGAGCCAGCAGACAAAAUCUAAAAUCGCUUUUGGUCUCCGUCGGUAUUUAAUUAAGUAUGUGUUCUUCAGAUAUUGCAUAUUUUAUCAAGUUAAUUGUUUGUAAUUAAAGGUUUAUCAAGGGCUUUUUUCAAACUGAAAACGACAGAAAAUAAUAGUAACCACAGGCCUAAUAGCUUCUAUGAUUCAAACAUAUUGGUUAUUGAGUUGAAAUUGUUUCCAAAUAGCAAUAAAUUUUGUUAAAUAAUCAUUAUCAUAUUCGCUGCGUGCGUCCUUACAAAGUGACUUUCGUCAAAUUGUUUCUGAAGCGUUUUAUUUGACCAAUUCGUUCGUCGCUUUGCAAGGACUCAUAAGAGGAGCAGUGGCGAUAUAGGCAUUUUAUAAUUCAUCAUUUUCUUUGUGGAUCAUUUUGUUUAAUUGUUGAUUUUUUCACUUGGGUCGGUACCGCCUUUUGUUUUUAGCACUUCCACACGACACUCGCUCGAAAUUCACGGAAGCAGAUUGUGCUUCUUAACAGCCUCAGAAAGUUGAUGAAAUAUUUUAUCUACUCUUCCAAAAAUCAUAUCAAGAGAUGUGAUACCUUUGACUGAUAAUCAAUAGUGGAGUUAGCCAAAUUUGAAGGUGUUUAAUUCAUGAACUCAGCGAAAUACUCUGUUAUUUGAAUGCUAAUCGCCUCACCUCACAGCUGUUGAAUUAAUUGUAAAGCUCAAACGUGCCUUGUGAGAUUUCAGAGAAAGCAAAAUUUUCAGUUGUUAUUUUUCUCGAUCAAUGUGACAAUAACGAGGUAUGAUGCUAGAGUUCGACAACUCCCGAUUUUAAUGAAUAAAUCGCCAUCGGCCGCGGUUGAUUUUAGUCCCAAUCGAGGCGAUCACAACAUUGGGAUUCUUCCAUUGAAUCAGCCCUUCCGAUGGCCUGAAUGUUUACUCCACAAAGAAAAGAAAAUCAUACGUGUAAAUCACACUUUAUAUCUCUGUAUAAUGUAACAAAGAAUAAUUUUUUAUUAAUAAAAAUGUUGGUUCCAUA